AUGAAAAAAGCAUUUGUGUUAAUAUUCUCUUGUCUCGUACUUUUUCUGCAUUUUAACAUUGUAAAAACUGAAAGUAACAAAGAUGAAUCUUUUCAUCAUGAUAAAUUGAUAAAUAAAAAUCACAUAAAGUCAAAGAAUGCAGAUUAUUCAAAAAAAAAGACCUUCCUUCAAUUUAAAGCUACAGCAAACGAAGCACCGUGUAUUGGAUAUGAAUGCUUUUGUAUGAAUUACUAUGAUUUAACUUUAAUUUUAGAUGAAUCAGCAAGCAUAAAAUUAGAUAAUUGGGUAAAUAAAGUUGUUCCAUUUACUAGCGAAAUUAUAGAAAAUUUAAGUAUAAGUGAAAAUGAAGUACAUGUAGGAAUUGUGUUAUUUGGUAUUAAAAGUAGAGAUUACGUCAAAUUUAAUGAAAAUAUAAAGUAUAAAAAAGAGGAUCUAUUAAAAAAAGUAGAUAAACUAAAGAGCAAUUAUGGCAAUGUAGGAGGUACAUACAUUAUAAAAGCACUAGAAUAUUCAAUGAAAAAUUACACGAAAAAUAAAAAUAGUAGACCAGAUGCACCCAAAGUAACAAUACUUUUUACUGAUGGCAAUGAUAACGUUGCAAAAGACAAACAACUUUAUGAUACUGGGUUAUCGUAUAGGAAGGAAAAUGUAAAAUUAUUAGUUAUUGGAGUUUCUAAAGCUAUACAUAAUAAAUUAAAAUUAAUUGCAGGUUGUGAAAUAAAUGAUUCAUGUCCAUUUGCUAUGAAGGUUGAAUGGGCGAACUUGAAUGAUAUUACAAAGUUAUUAACCGAUAAAAUAUGCAAUACAGGACCUAUAACCGAUCCAAAACCAGAUCAUAAACCAUGUAAUGGUGAUGAAUGUUUCUGCGAUGAUUAUUAUGAUUUAACUUUAAUUUUAGAUGAAUCAGCAAGUAUAGGUUCUAAGAAAUGGAAAAGUGAUGUCGUUCCAUUUGCAGAAGAAGUUAUAAAUAACUUAAGCAUAAGCAAAGAUAAAAUACAUGCAGGUGUUAUGCGUUUUGCUAUUUAUAUGAAAACUGAUGUCAGUUAUGAUCAAGAAGCAAGAUACAUGAAAAAUGAUUUAAUAAAAAUAAUUAGAGGAUUAAAAGAUAAAUAUGGCAAUGGAGGAGGUACACAUAUUGUAGAAGCUCUAGAAUAUUCACUAACAAAUUUCACGAAACAUCCGAACAAUAGGAUAGAUGCACCUAAAGUAACAAUUCUAUUUACUGAUGGUAGUGAAAAUUCUAGACCCAUUAGUGCAGUACGUGAUAUAGGUUUAUUAUAUAGAAGAGAAAAUAUAAAAUUAUUAGUUCUAGGAGUUCAUUCUGUUGAUAUCAACAAUUUAAAAUUAUUGGCUGGUUGUAAAGAAAAUACUGAUUGUCCAUUUGCUAUGAAAGCAGAAUGGGAUGAACUAAAAAAUAUAUCAAAAAUAUUUACUGAUAAAAUAUGUAAUACAGGACCAGUACAAAAUCCAGAUUUAGAAUUACCAGUAUCUCCACCAAAUUUUACUCCAUGUUCAAAACCACAGGAUUGUUAUUGUAUGGAUUUUUACGAUUUAACAUUAGUUUUAGAUGAAUCAGCUAGUAUAUCUGAUUAUAGAUGGAAAAAAGAAGUUGUUCCAUUUUCAGAAGAACUCAUAAAAAACUUAAAUAUCAGUUUUUCUAAAAUACAUGUAGGAGUUAUGUUAUUUGCUGAAUAUAAUAGAGAAUUUGUUAGAUUUUCUGAUAAAGUGAGCUAUGAAAAAGAAAAUUUACAAAAAAAGAUAAAAGAACUUCAAGGGGAUUAUAUUCGUGGAAAGAAAUCACAUAUUAUUAAUGCUUUAAGCUAUGCGUUAACAUAUUACUCGAAAUAUCCAGGCAGACCUGAGGCACCUAAGGUUACUUUAUUAUUUACCGAUGGUUAUGAUUCUGACCAAUCAGAUGAAGAAUUAUAUAAUGUAGGUUUAUUAUAUAGAAAAAAUAAUGUAAAAUUAUUAGUUAUAGGAGUUUCUAUGGCUAAUGAGAACAAAUUAAAAUUGUUAGUCGCUUGUAAUCAAACAGGACCAUGCCCAUACGUUAUUAAGACCGAAUGGAUAAAUUUAAAAAGUUUACCAAAAGCAAUGAUAGAAAAGAUAUGCGUUACAGGACCAGUAUUACCACCACAUAUUAAUCCACCAACUUUAUGUAAAGGAGAUGAAUGCUUUUGUCACAAUUAUUAUGAUUUAACUUUAAUUUUGGAUGAAUCAGCUAGCAUAGGUCACAUUAACUGGAAAGAACAAGUUGCUCCAUUUACAGAAGAAAUUGUAAAAAAUUUAAAGGUUAGUGAAAAUGAAGUGCACAUAGGAAUUUUUCUAUUUGCUCAAUUCAACAGAGAUUUUGUAAAAUUUUCUGAAGAAGAAAGUUAUAAAAAAAAUAUUUUAACACAGAAAGUCGAAAAUCUAAAAAAUGAUUAUAAGGAAGGAGGAUAUACAUAUAUAGUAGAAGCAUUAGAGUAUGGAUUGCAAAAUUACACAAAAGAUCCAAGCAGUAGAUCAGAUGCGUCUAAAGUGACAAUAUUAUUUACUGACGGCAAUAAUACAAAUCCUAGUGAGGAUAUUUUAAUUAAUAUUAGUUCAAUGUAUAAAAAUGAACAAGUUAAAUUAUUGGUGCUUGGAGUUGGUAAUGCUACUAUAUACAAACUAAGAUUAUUAGGAGGAUGCCACAAAACAAAUGGGGACUGUCCUACUGCUAUAAAAAUAGAUUGGAAUAAUUUAAAAGAUAUAUCAGCAUUAAUGAUCGACAAAGUAUGUAAUACAGAUAAACCAAGUACUAUUCCACAAACGUGUGUAGGUGAUGAAUGCUUAUGUAAAGAUUAUUUUGAUUUAACUUUUAUUGGGGUUCCAUCAAAACAAGGAAAUAAUAAACUAUCAAGCGACAUUAUUCCGUAUGCUGAACAUAUAAUAAACAGUUUUAAUAUUGACGAACAGCAUGUUCAUGUAGCAAUAUCUAUUUAUUUAGGAAGUAAAACAAUUCAGAUAGGUUUUGAUGAUGUUAAUAGCUAUAAUAAAAAAGAAUUAUUGAUGAAAAUACGUAAAAUGGACAAUAUAUAUGCGAUGAGUAAAACAAAUAUCGCGCAUGCUCUAGAAAUGGGAUUAAAACAAUCUUUUGGAAAUGGAAAUAGAGAAAAGGCCCCUAAAGUUACAUUAUUACUAACAAAUAGUGAUAAUGACAUAUCUGAAGAAGGAAUAUUACAACAAGUAUCAAAUAAUUAUAUAGAUAAACAAGUUAAACUAAUAAUAAUAGGAUUAGGAAAAUUACUUAUAGAUAAGUUAAUUAUUGCAGGUGGAUGUAGUUUAAAUUAUAAUAACUGUCCAAAUGUGUUACAGUCAACUGAUUCUUCUUUUUUUAGUGAAGUAGAAGAUUUUUUAAAAGAAAAUAUAUGCAACAAUAAUGUUGAUCCAGUUAUACCUCCAGCUUUUUCAUGUGAUGAUCCAUUAUGUGAAGAAUGUGAUGAUGAUUUAUGUGAUAAUAAUACUUUAUGUAAAAAGGCCUUAGAUAUAGCAAUUGUUUUAGAUCAGUCUCGAAACAUUAGUAAUGAGCAGUGGAAAACAUAUGUAAAACCAUUUGCUAUAAAUACAGUAAAACAAAAUUAUUUGUCGAAGUAUAGGACUCAUAUUACAAUAGUGAAGAUGAGAAAACAUACAAAAGAGAAAUGGUCAUUAAAUAAAAAAAUUAGUUACAAAAAAAAUAAGAUUAUUAAAAAAAUAAACAAAUUGUUAAUGUCACCUUCAAAUUAUAAGAAUAUAGCUGAUACUUUUAAACACUUAAGGACUAAAGUCUUCACAAAAACACCUAAAUAUAAAAAAAAGCUAAUUAUAAUGUUAGUUGAGGGAAAAUCAAAUACUAGUUUGAAUGAUUUAAGAAGAGAAAUUGAAUUAUUAAAAAUAAAUAAAAUAGAUCUUUUUGUAUAUGCAAUAAAUAACAUAGAUGACAAUGAAUACAAAAUACUUGGAAAUUGUGAAAAAAGUACAUUAUGCGAAAAUAUAGUUAAGGUUUCUUGGGAUAGUUUGUUAUCUGAUUCAGAUACACACAUGAAUUACAUCUGUAAUAAUUAUCCUGACGAUGCUGAGUGUAAUGAAUGGGAUGAAUGGAGUAAAUGUCCUGAAACAUGUGAUAAUGCUAUGAGCAAAAGAGAAAGAAAAGGUCCUUACACAUUAAAAGGAGAGGGAUUUAUAGGUGAAAAACAUGGAAAUUCAUGCAUAGAAUUGGGUUCCCUUGAAUAUAGACCAUGUCCCAUAAAAGAAGGAUGUAACGAUAUUUGUGGAGAUUUUGGUGAAUGGAGUCAAUGCAGUGCCACUUGCGGUGAUGGUAUUAGAAUAAGAGAAAGAGAAAAUUCGUUAGACAGUGAAGAAUGUAAAAUUUUUAAUAAAACUGAAAUUGAAUCAUGUAAUAUUCAAGAUUGUGAUAAUAGUGAAAUAUGCGAGGAAAUUGGAGAAUGGGGUGAAUGGUCUUCUUGCUCAAAAACAUGUGGAUAUUCUACUAAAGAACGAAUGUUUAUCAUAUUACCAGAAUAUGUAGACAAGUAUCCAGAUUGUAAAUAUAAAGAACAGGUUGAGAUAGAUGUAUGUUCAGUUCCAAAAUGUGAUGAUGAAAAAUGUUUUGAAUGGGGAAUUUGGGGUGAAUGGUCUGCAUCAUGUGGACAAAGAAAAAGAGUUCAGAGGGCAAAUUUGAAUAUAGAUUUAUCUAAUAUUAAUUAUGAGGAUACAAAAUCAAACGAAUGUAAAGAAUACUAUAGAGAUAAAGUUGAAUAUGAUGAAACAAUUCCUUGUCCUGGGAAUUCAUGCGGAAAUUGGACAGAAUGGUCAACAUGUGAUAGAACAUGCAAUGUCGGAGUGAGAAUGAGACAUUUCGUUUCUCAUGUAUCUGGUAUUAGUGGAGAUGAUAUUGAUGAAUGUAUAGAACAAUACAAUGACAUAGAAACAGAAGCAUGUUUGGACUUACCUCUAUGUGAUACAGGAGAUUGUGAUGAUUGGGAAACAUGGAUUGACUGUAAAGAAGAAGAUACUUGCCAUAAAUCAAGUAAAAGAAUUCUUACAAGAAAAGCAGAAUUGUUGAAUAAUAAAAAAAAGAAUACAUCGGAAUUUUGUAAUGAUUUUAAACUAUUUAGAGAGGAAGAAUGCUCUGAAUCGAAUAAGCCUUGCAAUGAUGCUCUAUGUAAUGAGUGGGAAGAAUGGGGAGAUUGUUCAGCUACUUGUGGAACGUCAUUCAAGAUAAGGAAAAGAAAAGAGCCUUUGGAGUUAAUACCACCAUCAAAAGAUAUAAAUGGAAAUAUGGGUUUAACCUGUGAACAACAAAAUAUAAAAAUAGAAGAAAGAGAGGCUUGUGAUACUUCAGUUUGUUCAUCCAUUAUAAAUGAUACACCUAAUGGUACACAUCCAAAUGAAGGUGAAAAUAAAGACGACUCAAAUAAAAAAAAAGGUUUCGGAACAGGUGAAAAAGUUUCCUUAGCUGCAGGUGUAAUUGGAUUAAUAGCUUUAGCAACAGGAGGUUUAAUAUAUGGCUAUAAUACUUUUAAUGGCGGAGAAAUUCCAGACAACUCCAAUAUGGAAUUUGAAAAUGUUGAAAAUAAUGUAGGUGAAGUUGAUGAAACAAAUGAAGACUUUGAAGUAAUUGACGCAAAUGAUCCUAUGUGGAAUUAA